GGUGAGGCUGCAGCGUGGAUCCUCGCUCCGCGCAAAUCCUCCGGUUGGGCAGCUGUUUCUGGGAAACCGCGGCAGAUAGGAGUUUGGGGAGGACGGUGAUCCAGCUACGAUUCUCUCAAAGGUCGCCCUCCCCCUGGACUUUGAAAUGCUUUACAUGAUCGGUUUGGGCCUGGGAGAUGCCAAGGACAUCACAGUCAAGGGGCUGGAAGUUGUAAGACGCUGCAGUCGAGUGUAUCUGGAAGCCUAUACCUCAGUCCUGACUGUAGGGAAGGAAGUUCUGAGUUACUACAUACAGGGUCAAGAUCUGGGGCUGAGCUCAACCUCACAGGAAGAGUUUUAUGGAAGAAAAUUGAUUCUCGCUGAUAGAGAAGAAGUGGAACAGGAAGCAAAUAAUAUUUUAAAGGAUGCUGAUAUCAGUGAUGUCGCAUUCCUUGUAGUUGGUGAUCCAUUUGGAGCUACAACACAUAGCGAUCUUAUUCUGAGAGCAACAAAACUGGGAAUCCCUUACCGAGUUAUUCACAAUGCUUCCAUAAUGAAUGCUGUAGGCUGCUGCGGUUUACAGUUGUAUAGGUUUGGAGAGACAGUGUCUGUUGUUUUUUGGACGGACACUUGGAGACCAGAAAGCUUCUUUGACAAAGUGAAGAAGAACAGACAAAACGGCAUGCACACAUUAUGCUUACUAGACAUCAAAGUAAAGGAGCAGUCUUUGGAAAAUCUAAUCAAGGGAAGAAAGAUCUAUGAACCUCCUCGUUAUAUGAGUGUAAACCAAGCGGCCCAGCAACUUCUGGAGAUUGUUCAGAAUCAGCGAAUACGAGGAGAAGAACCAGCAGUCACCGAGGAGACACUCUGUGUUGGCUUAGCCAGGGUUGGAGCUGAAGACCAGAAAAUUGCAGCAGGCACUUUGCAGCAAAUGUGUACUGUGGACUUGGGAGGACCAUUACAUUCCUUGAUUAUCACAGGAGGCAGCUUACAUCCACUGGAGAUGGAGAUGCUAAGUCUGUUUUCUGUACCAGAAAAUAGCUCAGAAUCCCAAAGCACUGAUGGACUCUGAACAUAGGCAUUUCUAUUGUUAGAUGUUAAUUUCAGUUAUAUAUGCACAUACACAUAUUUGUGUAACAAAUCAAACAGGUCUUUUGGUUUACCUAAUAAGUAUAAAACGAGUGACCAAGAAGAAAGAUGCUGACUCAACAGUGCUUGGUUUCCUUUGUCAGUGAGUUUUUUCCCUAUGAUAUCAUCAGUUUUUGCUGCUAUUUUGGCAGUUUUUCAGGAUGUACAUACAUGGAGCAGACCAAGCUGGAAAACUUACAGAUAGACAUCCAUCGACAGAAUCAUUUAAAAGCAAUUUUUGUUUAUGAAAUCAGUUUAUACAAGGUGGAACUUUCUUCUUUCUUAAAAAGUCAGAUGUCCUGACUGCAAGAUAAGUUGUCCUGACAGCAUUUGGUAUUAAUGCAUAUAAACAGAGGUGGGAAGAAUAAGUCCCCACCCAACAGCCCUACUUACUUAAAGCUCAGCUGAGCACAUGCCACAAAAUGACAUCCUUUUGAAUUGCCUUGUCUUGUUUAGCUGACAUCCUAAUUAUGUGCCUCAUAUUCUGCUGUAUUUUGGAGGUUAUAUAACUGUUGAAUUAUAAAUGUUCAGCCAGCCAUGUAGAGUUGCUGUUUGGUUUUAAAUAGCAUCUUUCACAUCCAAGCUGACAAAUGGAAAACUUGCUGACUGCAAAAUAAAAUUUUUAAAAAUUUA